GUUUGAAGCUCUUGAACGGAUCGCCGGCUAGACUUCCGCAGUUCCUUCGACCCAGAUUCUAGCAGUCACCAAUCAGAUCGGAGUCUGUGAACCGUUUUGUUGGUUAACGUUCUCUUUGACAGUUCUGUUUUACCCCAUCGCCGCAAACGGAAGGCAGUUCCCUCCCCGGCAAGAUGUUUGCACCACCUUUCGACCAUUCCUUCACUGAUUUAUUUGACGAGUACGUCAAUAUGGAGGCAUCGAGUGCCGACAGCAACAAAGAUGUUUCAUUUCCCAGCGACUUUGACCAAAUAUUCUCCCUGGACUCAUUGUCAAGUGAUUGUGGCGACCAAUCACCAAUCCCUACCUCCAAACAAACCCAUCCUUCACCACAGUGGGCGAAGGACUUCUGGGGCCUGCCAGACGCAUCCUCCUCAUUAGGCCAGGGCCCCCUUGCUUUUCAAGACACCGUUCAUCCUUCUGCUGUUUCAGAUCUAAGUGUCAAACUUGAAGCUUCUUCGACGACCCGCCCUGCAGAGACCCGCUCAUCGCCGGCCACUCCUCCGGAAACUCCAAGCCGUAAAUCAAAAAGUGCAUUAGUCACACCGAAGUCUAUCCAUCGUCAUCGCGAACCUAAUGGUCGUCGUGGUGUGCAGCGCAAACAAAGCUUCUCCCCCAGCUUGACCCGCUCCUCGCACUUGCCAAAAGGAAGAAUGGCGUAUCCGGAAGCGUGGGCGCAGCGACUUCAGAGCUUCAAUUUCCUCCGUAGUUCUGAUGAUCGACUCCCAUUGUCACCGCCGCCUUCGGAAUAUCUGGUGCAGCAAGAGAAUAUGGCGGCCGACAACAGCGCCAUACACAUGGGCCAUUCGGGAGACUCAGGCGAGAUGCAUCACCAUUUUGACUCGAGCAUUUUCAACCAAUCCCCCGCGAUCUCUAUGCCAUCCCCAUCGGCUCAGGUAUUGCAAAGGCAGCAAGCCCAGUAUUUAAGCCAUUCCAAUAACUCCGCCGUCACGCCGAGUCCCCCUUCAGCAGAUGAUAUCUUUCCCUCCCCACAUUCCUCGGAUCCUCAAUCCAUGUCCUCGUGGAAUUCUGAUACGCUCGGAACCCCCGGGCUUCCUUUCACGCCUGAUCUCCCAAGCCACGAUGCUCAGGCCUGGUGGCCGCCGAUGAACGCUCGGGUUCCCCCGCGCCAACCGUCCUAUCAACAAAUAGUCACCUCGCCAUCCCCACAGCGGCCAAUCCAAAACACCACCCAUCAGCAUGAACUGGCCAGCCACCAACAUGACAUGCUGCAAGGGGGGCUGAUGAUUCAGAUGGACCCCUCAUCAUACGACAUGGCAGCCACUGCUAGUUCGUCCUAUUCCUCGACUACCAUGCCUCCGGCUCCCAACCCGCAGGAGAACCGCGCUUAUAACCACAUGCCUCCUGCUCACCAGAAAUACGUCGAUGCAUCUUCAUUUGCCACUCCCCAACUUCAGCCCCAAUCACGCUCCCCAUCUAUAUCUCCACGAGGAGAAGGAUCACCCAAGGACGGGUCUGUCAUGCAUCACAGCAUCACCAUGAAAACUGCGCGCCGCAACCUGGGCCGAAAGUUAUCCUCCAACUGUAUGAAUAGCACUCCCAAGCCCGUCAAGGGUCUCCAUGGAUCGGGGAGUCCGAAGGGGAUGAACAAGUCUUCGGUUACUGUAUCAUUUGUAAACUUUACCCCAAGUGACAGUCAAAAGAUCUUGACCGGAGUUGCUCCCAGUGGCAGCUCCAAAACCAAAGCUCGUCGGGAACAAGAGGCCCGGGACCGACGUCGCAAGUUGAGUGAAGCGGCAUUGAAUGCCGUGCGAAAAGCCGGUGGAGACGUGGAGGCUCUCGAGGCUGUGCUAUGCUAAAAAAGGAAAUAGUACCGUUGCUUAUUUUUCGGUCUUGAUCUUUUAUUUUUAUUUUGUGACAGCUUUCAUUAGC